UCAUAUCCAUGCGUGCGCAUGUUGUCAAGGGAAAUCCCAGGACAAAUUUCCUGACGUCACGGGAUAUCCCCGGAAUUCCCCGGAUGUUUACAGCAGACGACACUCGUAAACAAAAUGACAGAUGUUGAUAACGCCGGUAGUUGUGGUAGUUCACGGAAAAGGCAGCCAAACUGGACGAAGGAUGAGUGCCUCCUAUUAGCGGAUCUCGUCAAGGCGAGCAAGCAAACGAUUGAGGGGAAAUUUUCCCAGGGAGUGACGGCCACGAGUCGCCAGGAGACAUGGCAAAAAAUCACUGACACCAUCAAUUCAAUUGGACAGCAAAGAAGCAGAGAUGAGGUUAUAAAGAAAUGGAAAAACCUUAAGAGUGCGGGCAAAAAAAAUUACAGCACUUUCAAGAAUGCAACAACUGCAACCGGUGGUGGACCUCCCCCAACACCAAUUAGCCCAGUUACGGAAGCUGUGGUGGACUGUAUAGGCCGGGAGAAUACAGUGCUGACAGGGAUUGGGCCGAUGUCUAUGGAUUCUAGUUUCAUCCAGCUCCUAGAGCUAGAUCAGUCCUUUGAAAAAGAGUUAGAUCCAGUUCAAGAGGGAGUGAGAUGUCCUUAUCCUACAUCACAGGUGGGACAGUCAUCAUCAGCAUCAGCAGCAUCAGCAUCACUAUCAGCAGCAGCAUCCAUAUCAACAACUUCCUUAGAAGUCCUAGAAAGAGAAGUUUCUACUGGAGAUUGA